UACAAAAUCCAAGUAAAAGCUCCAUCCGAUAAAAAUCGAGAGUCCAACUCUAUAAAAAUAUUUGAUCAGCUGUUGAGUCCACUUCUGUUCUCCGAAUCCAGCGUUCAACGCUCUUUCUCUUGUAAGAGAGAUAGAGACCCGAUGAGAGGGAAAUUGCAUUGAAGGAGGAAGAAAUCAAUAUUCAACCUCUAGUCUCUUCCUUCCCUUUGAAUCUCUUGGAUCUCUUUUGAUCUUUGACAGGAAUUAACUCCAAUGGGAUUGACGCAGUUCUUACCGUCAAUUAAUUGGGAGGAGGAGUCUUAUCCCAAUUACGAUGACUUCAUCGCUCUCCCAAUCCUCGUCGUCUUCUUUCCCAUCGUCAGAUUCUUUCUCGACAGAUUCGUGUUUGAGAAAGUGGCACAGAGGCUUGUUCUUGGAAAAGGGCAUGACAAACCUAAUUAUGAAGUUGAUGGAGGGAGAAAGAAGAUUAAAAAAUUUAAGGAAUCAGCAUGGAAGUUUGUUUAUUUUCUCACAGGAGAGCUUUUGUCUUUAUCUGUUACAUAUAAUGAACCAUGGUUUGAAAAUACCAGAUACUUUUGGGUAGGACCUGGAGAUCAAGUCUGGCCUGAUCAAAAGAUAAAAUUGAAACUUAAAGGUGUUUACAUGUAUGCUGCUGGAUUCUAUACAUAUUCCAUAUUUGCAUUGAUGUUCUGGGAGACACGACGAUCAGACUUUGGAGUGUCCAUGUCCCAUCAUGUAGCAACCGCCAUUCUUAUAAUCCUAUCAUAUAUACUCAGGUUUGCUCGUGUUGGUUCAGUUGUUUUGGCUCUUCAUGAUGCAUGUGAUGUAUUCUUGGAAUUGGGAAAGAUGUCAAAAUAUAGCGGCUGUGAGUGGCUUGCUGUUCUUUCAUUUCUUCUUUUUGUUGCUUUAUGGGUAUUACUGCGUCUCAUGUACUUCCCAUUGUGGAUUCUUCGAAGUACAAGUUAUGAAGUUUUAUUGACUUUGGACAAGGAGAAGCACAAGUUUGAAGGGCCCAUAUACUAUUAUGUGUUCAAUACACUUCUAUUUUCCUUGCUUGUUCUUCAUAUUUAUUGGUGGGUAUUAAUCUAUCGGAUGCUGGUAAAACAAAUUCAGUCAAAAGGGCAGAUAGGUGAUGAUGUUCGGUCUGAUUCUGAAGGCGAAGAUGAACAUGAAGAUUGAUCUAUUGAAUUGUUUCCGUGCAUGCCACUUCAACCUGGUCAUUUUCAUAUCAUUAUUUCUGAUUUAUUUAGUGUGUUCCAGUAUCUAGAACACAAAGUACAUGGCGAUAAUUUGAAGCAAGAUCAACCUCUUCUAGUUU